UCACUAGAUUCAUGUUUUAAAUAUCUUUGAAUAUCAUAGGAAUUUCAUAAGAUUUCAAAAAAAUCAUGAAAAACCCACCAUCUCUCAGCGAGCAUCUGUCCAAAUGCAUCCACACCCUCCAUGAAUGCCCCCCGCAUCCUCCAAGCUGAACUGAAAGCAACCCGGCCCCAGAGCAGCGUGCCACCAAACUUAUAGGCCGCAGGCCAGGCCCCGGCUUCGCUCGUCCUGAUCACUCCUACCAAUUCGCCAUCACCCCCAUCCAAUCCUCUGCUCAUCUUUGCUUCGCCCCUCCUCCACUUCACUUGCACCACAGAUCAGUCGCCAUCAUCAUCGUCGCCUCACCGAACGCCAUCACAAGAACCAAAUCUUGCAGCUGCCUGCUUAUAGCCCUAGCAAGGUGCAGGUAGCAGCUGGAUUAUUGGUCUCGGUCGGGAGGAGCGGAGAGAGGAGGCGUCCGUCCAUGUCGAGCCCCAUGCACGUCCGCAAGGCGAUCCACUUCGCGUCCCUGCGCGCAAGGCUCGCGCAGGGGAAGGGCGGCCUCGCGCUGCGCCUCCUCCUCGCCGCGGCGCUCGCCGGCUUCCUCCUCGUCUUCGCCGCGCGCUCGCUCUCCUCCCCGUCCCCGUCGCCGUCGACGGCUUCCCGGCGGCAGGAGGUGGCGGAGUGCGGCGGCGGCGACAAGGGGUUGCCGCUGGCGGUCGCCGAGGCGCUGGUGCACUACACGACCUCCAACACGACGCCGCAGCAGACCGCCGACGAGAUCGGGGUGUCGCUCCGGGUGCUGCAGCGCCGGGCGCCCUGCAACUUCCUCGUCUUCGGGCUCGGGUUCGACAGCCCCAUGUGGGCGGCGCUCAACCACGGCGGCCGGACGGUGUUCCUGGAGGAGGACGCGUCGUGGAUCGCCAGCGUCCGCUCCAAGCACCCGUCCCUCGAGUCCUACCACGUCACCUACGACACCGUCCUCACCGAGGCCGACGCGCUCCUCGAGCUCCGCGACCACCCGGCCUGCGUCGCGCAGCCGGACCUCGCCUCCGCCGCCGAGGCCUCCUGCCGCCUCGCCCUGCGCGGCCUGCCGCCCGCGUUCCACGAGCUGGAGUGGGACCUCAUCAUGGUGGACGCGCCGACGGGGUGGACGCCGCAGUCCCCGGGGCGGAUGGGCGCCAUCUACACCGCCGGCAUGGCGGCGCGCGCGCGCCGGCCCGGCGACGGCCCCACCGACGUGUUCGUGCACGACGUCGACCGCCCCGUCGAGGACGCCUUCUCCAAGGCCUUCCUCUGCGAGGGCUACCUCGCCGAGCAGGUCGGCCGGAUCAGGCACUUCGUCAUCCCGUCACACAGGGAGAAGGACGGCACGCCAUUCUGCCCUUGAGGCUUGAGCUCCACCACUACCAGCAUCAAGGCUCUGCUUUUCGGCGUUGCCUUUUGCUUUGAUGCUUAAUCGCUUUGCUUUACAACAUGAGGAUAGCACACCACCACCCAUCCGGAAUUCCUUCUUGAUUCUUUCUGUACUGCUGCUGCCACUAGUGUACCUAUUACUGCUACAAGAAUGUUUCAUGAUAUAUAGUAGAAUUUUGGGGGUCACACACUCACACCCUGUUGGAACCGGGAGGCGAUGGUGUUGGAUCUUGUGUAAUUUUUUCUUGAUUUUGUUUGGAUGCGGUAUUUCACCCUUUUGUUCUUCUUUUUUUCUCUGUUAUGGAUGGGAUUGGAUCAGAUCGAAUGGUGCAUCUUAGUCACACGUACUAUGCAAGAUGGUGGCGGAUCAAGAGCUGGAACUUAUGAGAUGUAGGCAUUGGCAAACUAUUUUUGUUGGAUGUUGAUGAUGAGAGUUUGUCGCAUUGCUAUCUGCUACCAAGGGCAUGUCAUCUACAGAGAGUGGCUGAGAGCUAGGCAGGAAAAAGACACUCCUGAUGGAAGUGUCACACCUAAGAUGUGGAUGUUAAGAGUACUAUCAUCUUUUUGAACAAAUGAAUAUUGUAAUCCUGCAAAUUGGGACGA